AUGCAGCGAGCCGCUGCGCAGGUGACCUUAUUGCUGCUGCACGCAUCCCCAGAUGAUGUGCGCAGUGAACUGCUCCACACCAAGAUCUUCGCUCUUCUUCUUGGCGACCAGUACCGGUCCCACGCCGGCAAGCUCUUCGAGUUCCUGAACGGCGCCUUUGUGCAGUCCUUCCACAACACCAUUUCAUCUUGCCACUUGGACUUCUUGCUCGGCGCGCUGAGAAGGGCUCAAGCGUAUUACUUGGUCUUUGGCAAGCUAGAGGACCGCCAAGCGCUCGAGAAUGCGAUCUUUGAGGUGCGUGUCAUACUGAGCACAGGCGAGGAGCAAACGCUCCUUGAGUGGCAGAUGACUGAUCUGCUUGGGCGUAAAGCUGAGAUGAAGGCCAAGUUGUGGUUCUACGGCUUGAGUGAACUCUGUCGAAACAUGGUGAAGAAUUUCCACCGCUGGGCGGAGAGCAGCUACGACGCCUGCAAGCAGCCGGGUGUUGCGUUCCAGGAUGCUUACAUCUCCACGGCAGAUGGUGACAUCAAGCAGCUCCGAAAGGAUCCGCGGCACGGGUGCUACGUGCAGGUCUCGCACCAAAUCGUGUUCAGGCCAUCAGACGUGAGUCGGCGCCGGCUGGCCUCUAUGCUUCUGGCGUCUUUCUCUGGCGGUGAUGGCUUGGAGAGGCUCCUUGCGCAGAGUGCUCUUGCUCUUUCCGGGAUGCGCCAGCCGGACGUCAUGAACGUCUUUUUUGGCGCAGGCAUGGAAGGCAAGAGCCUGAUCCUGGUCGAUCUCAUGGCAGCGUGCUGGGGAAGUGGAUUUGGCAAUCCUCCGGGCACUAUGCUCCAAGUUGAGCGGGAGUUUCAGCAACAGGGGCUGAAAUACUUGCAUUGCGCCAUGCUGACAUUUGACGAGUGCCGUCGAGACCAGGGUAUUGUUGAGGACGUUGUGAAGUUGUUCAUUGGCAACGGCAUCUUGCCUCUGCGGCGGAACCAUGAGGCUGAAACCAAGGAUGGCUCCUAUGCCUACUGCGGCAAGAACUGGUGCAUGAACUUGGGCGAUGUGCCUGCCAUUCCAACGGCAUUGGAGAGGUCGCAUUCCCGCCGGUUUCGAGGCGUCUUCAUGCGCGCCAGCAUGACAACGCAGGUGGAGUCUGUGGAUGUAGCCUCCAAGAAGUUCUUGGCCGACGAAGACGCAAAGGGCUUCAUGUCUUCAGGCGAUGCUGUCUGGCCCUUCUUCCAAGACUUCUUGUUCAAGUACAUGCGGCAGAGUGGCCCACGCCAGUGGUACAGGGUUCUCGACUACGUCAAGCCGGGUUCGCAGACGGAGAAGGACACUGCUUGGCUCUUGCAGAAGAUGGCCCGCGUGACCACCGCAGCACAUCCUGACGCGCCUGGUGAUGCUCCAGCGCCUCUUGGGGCCGGCCUGGAAGAGCGAGCUGAGUCUCGCGCCGUCCGGAUAGUGCAGGAAACGCACGCCGCCUUGACCUCUUCUGCGCUGACAGCCCACUCGGUGAACAGAUGCAGCCACGUGCAGGCCAACCCCGGCGGAGAUGGCAGCAAGUCAUCGAAGCACAGAAGCCGUGCAGAGUUCCUACAGGAUGCAAUUGCGGAGUUUCCCUAUCUGCUACGACGGGCCCCAGAAGAUCGCAGAGGCAGUGUGAAGUUUCUUCGCCGGCCCGUGGAUGUAGGGAAGAUGAUGGCUGUUCUGGAAGAGGCAGGUUGUUGCGUGUCUGACUGCGACAUGGCAGGCGUCUUCGGCACCUGGAAAGAUUGGACCUGGCCUUCGGAGCCCACCGGGGAGCGUGCGGGGGACGAGGUGAAUGAGUGCGAGGAGCAUGGUUUUGCAGAUGGCCCGCACUGGGACUUUAUGUUCCGAGUGGAUGUGGAGUCGUUCGAGAAGUAUGUUGCUGAAGGCAAAGACUCUCGACCACAGCAGGUGGCAGAGUACAUGCGGCUUAUUUCCAGCCAUGUUGAGAGAGAUGAGUGUGGCAUGUUCAUGCGCCACCGUGGAGUGCAGAAAGUUGUGGCUGGGCAGCCCUUAGGCCGUUACUACUUCCCAGCACUUAGCCCUCCAAAUUUGUCUAGAGCUGCCUUGUUCCCAGCUGGGAGCUAUGAGUUUGACCAGCCCACAGCAGUUGUGCACUUCAUGCUUGAAAGAGCUGAAGAGUUGGGUGUUUGCGCUUGCCUGCUUGAGAAGUACAAGACGCACAAGGCACAGUGGCGUGAGGCCGUCCAGCGCUACUUUGACUUGCCCAGCCUUGCAGAUGCCAAAACACUUCUUCAGAAGGCUACGUUUGGGUUUGCGCAACCUCUCGAUGGCAAGGAUGCCUUGGGAGUGUUGCCAAUCCUAGAAGGUCUUGCGUAUGAAAGCUUCACACUCCGAAAGGCUUUGUGUCAACAGAACGCAGCUGUUCUUGAGGCUGCCGUAGCGGCCGGCAAGAGGAGACCAGAAACCAGCACCAUGGCCAUGCUGCUUUUUGAUGACGAAGCCAAGGUGACUCGCGACUUCUGUAAUUGUCUCCAAGCUUUCAAGUGGCUGCCUGCAGCGCCAGUGUAUGAUGCAGUGGCCGCAGCACCGCUGGCAGGGGGCGAGGCAAUUUCUGCCAUUGUGGAAAGCUUCGCUGCGCAGUCAAAUGUUCGCAUGGAGGUGACAGAGCUGCGCAUGGCGGGGCGACAGCCACAGGCAGGCACUUUGUCACAGGUUCUGGAAAGCCUGCAGAACGACGGUGCUGAGCGGCUGGAAGACUGCAUGGUCGUAGCGGGCGCUCAGAAGUGCUUGGCUUUCUCGCUGGCGAACAUCUUUCGCGCUGAGGAUGAGACUUUGGCUGCCAGCUUCGGGUGUGGAGAUGGACCGCUUAGCUUCAGACAGUGCAUGGAACUACACCCAGGGCUGAGCCUGGAGCCUGUCAGCGUUGCUUCUGCUGCAGCUGGUGAUGGCAGCCACUACAUCGUGCACGAGACCCGGCCAGGCGGGAGGGUGCACAGUGACUCCGUUAUGCAGGCAGUGGAAAUUGACGCCGCCACUUUCUGGCGUUCCGUGGCAGCCUUGCCACGCGCUCACGUCUUCGAAGCCAAGUUGUUGUCGGCCUCACUUUCGCUUCGCAAGCGCAAGCUGGCGAACCCUCUGCUGGACAUGCUUAGCGGGGCCGAAGCGCCCGACGUUGCCGAGCGAGUGUUGGGCACAGUGGCUGAGAAGGUGAGGGCGGAGGUUUCUGCUGAAAUCAAGCGUCUAGAUGAGUUGGCGCAGGCUCAGUGGAACACGGUGCAAGCUCUGUAUGAGCAGGACCAGAUUUUGGCCCCCUUGCAGCAGCCGAGGCACUCUGAAAGCUUGCUGAGGGACUCUGCAGAUCUUAUCCGGAGAUGGGUGAGUCCGGACGAAGACUCGCAGGUCUUCCUUCAAAAGCAGAAUGAUGUGGAUUUGGUGCUCCUGCUCACGGGCGAGGGCCCACAGUAUGUCCUGAAGCAGCAAACCUCUCAUUGCAAACGCCUCAACCAAAACGUGUACUACGACAGCACCGCUGCAGCCAUGUUGCUUGGGUUGGUUCUGAAGCAUCAAGGCCGGGUGCAGGCGAGCUUUCAGGAUUUGGUUUCUGCCUUCAUCGCCAAAGGCAGCCCGUGUGCUUUUUUAGGCCUUCGGCGCCAGAGUACGCAGCAGCAGCUGUUGGAUGAGAUUUUCUCCAGUGAUGCAGUGCAGACUUUGAGAGGGCAGCUUCUCGCGGAGGCCACCCAGCACGGAGAAUGGCAAGUCCUCAGCCAUGAUGCCACGUUCAAGAGCUUGUUUAGCAUCAUUGGUCAAGUUCCAAUGUCACAGAAGCCAAACGAAGCACAUGCUUUACACAGCAUCCUGGGGAAGUUAGGGGCUCUUCCGGGCUUGAGCGCGCAGGCAUCAGAGGGCUUGGCGUGCUUUGAGCGCGCGUGCAAGGCAAUUUUGCCACCGGAAGCCCGUUCCACAACAGAGUGGAUUUUCAGUGACUCUCCUGCUGCCAUUGACCAUGUCAGGGAGCUCUUCCCAAACCUACAAGGCAUGGCAGAGGACGGUCUGCAUCUUGGUCUGCGGGUGGAGGCGUGCUUCGGCGAGAAGCGCACAGCCCUCUCACGUGGGAUCAUUGCCUUGCAGCGCAAGUUCAUGGUGCCUGCCAGCGGUCGCAUUCACAGAGGUGAGCUUCCUGCCGCUGGAGAAGAAGGAAAGUGGCCAGCAAAGGCGGACAACAUGAAGGCUCGAGGCAGAGAGUGGAACGCAUACGUGCAGGAGCCCUAUGCGUCACACCAGGACUACAUUGAUGACUUGGCAAGCUUGACCGUCCGCUUCGCCACUGACAUGGGUCGAAAAGAUAGCAAGGGCAGGACAGUGUUUCAGAUUCUUCAGUCUGGAGCAGCCUACCAGCACUACGCCUACCUACUCAACGGAAGCCGAGCCACUGCAGCGCUGAGCCUGCAAGAUCGGCAGAUGCUAUCGUGGGGCACGACUGCUAACGAAGCUGUGCACUUCCAGUUCAACCGCUCCCAGCAAACAGUCACCCAACAGCAUGUGGACUCCUCGACAUUGAAGCUGGAGGCGUUCUGCUUGGGCAAAAUGUUGGCGCACAACUCGGCAUCGUACCACCCCACAGUCGCUCAAAGGAGCCAGGCCGAGCUGAUCAGCUCUAUGCUGGGGUAUAUCAUGAGCGGAGAGUUUGCUGGCGCAGCGGGGGUGGCGAUGGCGCCGGUGACUUCACGUCAGGAGCUGAGGCGACCCGUGCACUUUCUGGACAAGGCGAAGGUGGCAAGGAUGAGGGCCUUUGCAACCACUCGCAAGUCUGCCUGGGUGAAGGAGGCUGCCAGGCGAGAGGAGAUGGCGCGGAAGCGCGGGUGCGAGAGGGCUCAGCAGAAAGUGAAGCGCGCUGUCUUCACCAAGCAGAAGCAGAGGAAGCUGCGGCAGCGCCGCAAGCCCGCCCAGACCCAAGAGGUGAGCUUGCGCGGGCUACAUGUUCAGUGGCCCUUCUCCCAGCUGCUGUUGGCGGGCUACAAGACACAGGAGGUGCGGGGCUAUGCCUUGGGCCACCUCAACAUCGCGCAUGCGAAUGAGGAGAUGUGGCUGGUGGAAACGCGCGGAGGUGCAUCCACGGCGAGCUACUCUGCUUGCAUCCCGGAGGGCUUUCACGUCCCUCCCCGACCAAAAGGGGCGCAGAUUGUGGGCACGAUCCGGUUCAGCGAGGCGGUAAAACUCACCGAUGGGAUUUCCUUUGCUGCGGCAAGGGCAGCUCACUGCGUUCGCCAGGGCAGCAAGUUUGACUGGUGCGGCACGCCAGUCUUUGCUUGGAAAGUGGCGGCCGUCAGAUCUCUUGCCUACACAGUGAAGCUGUGA